CCGUGUUGGUGGUCUGCAGUGUGUAGCGGCGGUGUGCGAGAGGGCAGAUAUAGACGGAGCGCCUGUUAACAUUCAUCAACGCGGGACCUGAUCGAUCAGCAGCAGGAUGAACCCAAACAGCGCAGCUAUGUAUCCUCCUCUCGCCGCUCCUGCAGCCAACAUGUUUGGCAACGUGCCCGGCUAUGAAGGCACCUUGGCCGGAGGAGGAGGUUACCUGCCUCCUCCCAUGCCUGCGGAGCCCGUAGCCCCGCCCCAGCCUGGACCUGUACCUGACGACUGGAGCAUCCCGUCUCUGUCGGAGGAUGUGGCUCAGGCGGCGUUCAAGAGCUUUGCGUCCUCUAAUUGCUGCUGGAGUGCAGCUCCUGCCGAAGAUGGAGUCAUCACCAGCAUGGAGCCAUUCAACACCUACAGGUACCGUCUGGAGACGUUCACUGAGUCCAGGUCUACUGAAUGGGCCCACAAACCUCAUGAAGGUGAGCUGGCUGACUUCUACACCCAGACCGCCCCCCGUCCCUGGGAGGUCCAGGCCACGGCUCCCAGCCUCUUCACCAAUCACAAGGAGGAGAUCCGCGUGCCCUACACCUCCUCCAUCAAGGAGUGCCACAGCUGCCACGCCACAGGGAUCAUGCAGUGUGAGACUUGCCUUGGAAGUGGCUAUGAGAAAGACUGCUGGGUGUGUAACGGCUCCGGGACGAAAGACAAUGAGAGCUGCAGUCGCUGUGAUGCUAAAGGCAAAGACAGGUGUACAGCGUGUAAUGCCCGGGGAUCGAAGGAGUGUGAAACUUGUAAAGGAAAACGACAACUGCUGACCUACAUCAAUCUCAAAGUGGAGUGGACUAACAAUGUGGAGGACCAUGUGGUGGAGCAGAACUCUGGUCUGCAGAUCGAUGAUCUCCGCUCAGUGAGCGGGAAGGAGCUGUUCAAGAACAACCAGUACCUGCUCUACCCGCUGCUCGGGUUCCCAAACCCGGCCAUUUGUCAGGCCUCUGAGCGUCUGGUCAGGGAGCACCAAAGCAAGUACGCCCAGAACUCCAGGAUCCUGCAGCAAAGGCAGAGAGUCGAGUUGAUCCCCAUCACCAAGGUGAAUUAUAAGUGGAAGGGCAACUCUCACGUCUACUACGUCUUCGGCAACGAGAAUCAAGUCAGCGCCGACAAUUACCCAGCAACCUGCUGCUGUGUCAUCAUGUAGACACACCCACACCCACACACACACACACACACACCCUAACCCCCAAACUGUUAGCAUUAAUAUUGUUUCUUUUUUUAUACCAUCUCCCCCCCUCUAGACCCAAAAAUCCUCCAACGGGAGGCCAAUCAGACGUCAGAUCUGUUCAGUUUUCACAAAUUACUAAUUAACAUAAAAUGCUCCACUCUAACUUAACGACACUGGAGCGACUGUGUUUUUUCAUUUUGUCUUGAUGUUUACAGAACUGUCUCCUCAGUUCAGACUGACAUCCUGUCAGGACGCUGUGACGCUCCGGCAGCUGUUCUAAUUAGAGAAAACAAUUGACCUUAACUGGAGUUGCGUUGAUUGAAUUUAUCCUUCAUAUCAAGAAUUAAGUUAAAUCUUUAUUAUAAUCUUUGACAUCAACAGUCAACAACUGAAUUGUUGAUAUCCCAAUUCAGACUUUAUCCUUUUUAUAUACAGGAAAAAAUAUUCUGAGGUUAAACCAGCCUGUUGUCUCCCUCCUCAGAGUCCAUUAUUGUCUCAGUGUGGACGCCUCUUUAGACCACCAUGUCUCUGAUGCCAUGACCACUUACCAAAGAUAUCUGUCUCCUACGAUUUCAUUGAACCGUUUACUGAAAUCCAGUGCCAGUAUGUGCCAUUUAAUAUCCUCAGUAUUGCAUGGGAACAUCCAAAUGUCCAAAAUAUUGCUGUUUCAGGAACAACCAGGAGCGAGUCCUCCUGGUUAUCUGACCUCACUUUCAGCUGUCACUUGUCAUGAAUGCUGUGCAAGCUAGAAAAAAACAAAACAAGGCUUUUUAUCUGAGGUUGAUAUAUAAAAUGUGCUGGAUAAUAUUUUGUGUGUGUAAUCAGAUGUGAGGGAAAAGUGUAACAACCCUGUUCACCUGGUUCCUACCUGUGUUUUAUUCUGUGUGGUUUAGCCUAAUAUUGAAGGUAGAAACCACUUCAGUAUUUAAGAUUCUCAUACCAGAGGUUUAACCACAAGCAGACGAGGGCUUACAGGAACAGAAGAGGUGAUUAUUAUUAUUAUUAUUAUUAUUAUUAUUAUUAAUAUUAUUAAUAAACUAUAGGCCCGGUCACACCAGAAAGUUUGAAAAUGAUAUGCAUGUGUGUCUUCAUUAAAUAUUUGGGUCUACAAUCCACCCUGCUAACUGCUAACAAAGCUAACAGUAAGUGAGCUAACAGCUUACAGCUAAACAUGCGAGUCUCUCAGCUUCUUUCCAUUUUUCUCUCUGACAUUUUGUUCUCAGGAUCGUACAUCAGUUCAUUCCAUAAAGAGCUACUGAAGCUUAGUAGCCGUCUAUUAGCCAUCUGUCAGCUAACAGUCAGUCAGCAAGCUAGUUAGCUCUGUCGCUAACAAAACACUAUUUGCAUUGUUUAUUCAAGGAGCAUAUUAGCAUAUUCGUUUCUGUCAUUUUUCAAGCAAAAAUAUCAAACAUUUGCAGGUUCCAGCCUCUCAAAUGAAAGCAAUUUGAAGACGCCACUAAGAUAAGAUUUUCUGACACUUUACAGGCAAGACUAUUGAUCAAUUAAUUGUGAAAAUGAUGGUCUGAUAGCCCUAUAUAGAGCUUUAAAUUUCUCCGUUCCAUCAGAGGUCAGUAGGCUAAUGUUAAAGGUUGACUUUGACACAGGAAAUAUUUUAUUCGCCACUGACUAAAUCCACCAAUAGCAGUCAUUUCAAUAGAUUUAAUAGAUUUAUUCACAAAAUCUUGCUCUUCUUAGUUCUAGUGUGACUCGGGCCUGUAGUCUUGUUGUUGUACAGUUUAGUAAAAUCUUACAGAACAGGCAGAAUGAAACUAUAACCACAACAGCCUUAUGUCAGUGUAGAAAUAUACCUCUAUGUGUUUUCUGCUCAAAAUGAGCAGGGUUACAUAAUCCACCUGAUGUUUGUCACAUUCAGCUGCAUCAUGACGACAAACAAGCCUCCUCACCACAGUGUCGAAAGACUAUUCCUUAAUGCUUCAUUUACCUCUUUUUUUUUUUUUACAAAGAAAUAAUAUCAUCACUUCCUUAUAAUACAUUUUAUCGUCCAUAUUUGCUAAACUCUAAGUGUUUCCUGUUUCCUGUCCUACGGACUUUAAUGGGUGUCAUUAAAUCCUCUCUGACUGUGUUUCACUGUGACAGCAAACAGUCUGUGAGGCAUUCUGGGUAGAAGGAAGGAAGAAAGAAUGAACGGCUCUUCUGGUCUCGAGAAUGUUGGUCACAGAAUUGGUGAAUGACUCAAUGAGCUUAAAUCAAUUUUAAAACCUCAACUAAAAUCUUCCGAAGCUCUUUGAGGCCUGAAUAUCUUCUUUUUUGUAACACAUUGGAAGUUUUGAGGAAGAUUAAUUUGUGAAGUUGAUUAUUAAUCUGGUCAAAGUCACUGAAAUGUGGAGGAAUCAGAGACGUGCUGAGGUCGAGUGAUUUCUUCUGAUUUCUCGGAUGUGUUUAAAGUUCAGUUGGCUGCAUUGAUCAUCUGUGAGGCUGAGAGUUCAGAAACCGAGCAGGCUGUUAAAAGAAAAAAAUCUGUGUCUGUUGCUUCAGAAUUGGGAUGAAAGAAAACUUUGGAAGAGUCGUUUCUUUGGUUUUAGCUCACAUGAGGACAAAAAAUAUACAACCCGUCCCUUUAAACCGCCCUCCUGCAGUACAGCAGAGCUCCUGUAGAGGGCGCUUGGUGUUUGCCUCAGGUGUUUAACAGAUUGCGCCGCCUUAAAUACAACCAGUUUUUCUGUGACAAACAGGACGACACCACUUCAGGUUUAUAGUUUCUAUGUUCAUGUGAAAAUGCAGUACACACAGUAGGUUUUCAAAUACAUAGGUAUAUCAGUGUAUUCUGCAUUUUAUAAUAUCCUUGUUGCUUAUUGUUUAUCUUCAGGGGUUCAUCUUUAAAUCCAUGUUUUGUGUCUCUAUUCUCAGUGUAACACUUUUCAGCAAUCGCCUGUCAAUACGUUCUUGAACAGACUAAACAUGAUGUGACUUUGCCGUCUUGAUCUGAAAAUGAUGCUGCUGGAAUGGGAUGAAAAUUUAUUGAGGGGAAUGCACCUUUAUCUGCAACGUUAACGCAUAAAACAAUGUUCUUACUAACAAAUGUAUGUGCUACUAACCCGAUGGACCUGGUGAUGUUAUUGCUCUGUCAGUACUCAGUCAUACUCUGUUGUUACAGUAGAUUAUUGAUUAUAUGUCACUGUUAAAACUGAAAAUAAACUCUUGAGACUCAA